CGUGCGUACGACAACGUACUACUGACGAAAAGGAUACAAAGCAACAGCCACCGGGGUUUCACUGGUUAACAAGCUACACAUAGCAUUUAUUUCGCCAUAUAACACACGUUCGUUUGUAUUUCGAGCUUGGGGAACGACAGCUUAGGGUCAAGAUGUCGUAUAUGCUACCGCAUCUUCAUAAUGGCUGGCAGGUUGACCAAGCCAUCCUGUCUGAGGAAGACCGAGUCCUCGUGAUCCGCUUCGGACACGACUGGGACCCCACAUGCAUGAAAAUGGACGAAGUCCUGUACAGUAUCGCUGAAAAGGUAAAGAAUUUUGCUGUUAUUUACCUGGUGGACAUAACAGAAGUGCCUGACUUCAACAAGAUGUACGAGUUGUACGACCCCUGCACCGUCAUGUUCUUUUUCAGGAACAAACACAUCAUGAUUGAUUUGGGCACUGGUAACAACAACAAGAUCAACUGGACAAUGGAGGACAAGCAGGAGAUGAUAGACAUUAUUGAAACAGUGUACAGAGGAGCAAGAAAAGGACGAGGUCUAGUGGUGUCUCCUAAGGAUUACUCCACAAAAUACAGAUAUUGAUUUUUAUUUUUUUCCCAACUUUUUUGAGAUGUUUUCUUUUUUCCUGAUAUUUUGUGACAAUACAGAGACUACAAGUUACAGAAGUCAAAGAAGAUCUUUUACAACAUUUUUGUUUUCACCAGCAAAACAAGACAAUAUUCUUAUAAAUGGUCAUGAUUGUGUGACAUUGUGCCAUUUGUGGUUUUUUUGUGUACCAUUAGUACCAGUUUAUUCAAUUUCUCCAACAUUGAGUUGCUUUCUUUUUCUCUUUAAACAAGUGCAGAUACAUUACACAAGUCUUCAUUUUUAAUGUUCUAAUAAACAUGGAUAUUUACAUAAAGAAAUGUUUGUUUUAGACCUUCUC